AUGGCAAAGAAGAAUCCUUUGGAUGAACUACCUUCCAGGGAAAUAUAUAGAAAAUUAAUUGGGAAUAAAGAGCAACAUGGGGACGCAGCCUGCGACCCAGAAGUAAAGAAUGUAUUGAAGCAGUAUGUUAAGAAUACAGAUCUUGAAAAUAAAAUUAUGGGAGCACUGUGCUCCGUAUGUAAAACAGAAAGUGGCACAAAGACAAAAAAAGAUUACUGUAAUGCCCUUUAUUAUUGGGUAGGUGAAGAAUUAUGGAAAAUAUUAUCCAAGGAAUAUGGGAAUGAGGAACAGGGGAAACAGAGAUUUUUCAAAGCAAUAGGUGAAUAUCAAGAUAAAGUAAAUAAGGAUAACGGGAAACACGGGUGCAGUCUAGCUGAACCUAGUGAUGACCCUGAUAUUUUUAAGAAACUGAAGGAAUUAUUCGAUUAUACAGUGGACAGUGAAUUUAUAUGUAAAGCAAUGAACGGUGAGGGAACACCGUGUCAUGAGGAAUGUCAGGCAUAUAUGCAGAAAGUAAAGGACGCCUACACCACUGUGCACGCGAAGUGCAAAGGGGAUACAGAUGAAAGUUGGUGUGUGGAUUUUAGGGAGUGGUACCGGGAAUAUCUGAAGACGGAGACAUUAGAGUUAAAAUGCCCUCCCAAAACUAAACCAAACCCCAAUCCAAAUCAAGCUGGUAGUAGUGGUUCUUUUUCCGAUGCCGAUUUAAAGGAUGAUGUUUCUGGUGGAGAAGGAAAAGGAGGGAGUGACGGUGGUGGUAGUCACAGAAAAGAAGGUGAAAAAACUGAUGUUGGUGGUGGUGCCGUUGCACCUGCUGCUGUAUCUGGUGCACUAGCUACUAUAGGAUUACCAACAUUGGUAUAUAUUUUUUACAAGUAUAAACCUUUCUUCUUGAGAAAGCAUAACCACUCUGGUGUAAGAAGGAAUAAAAGAUCAACUUUCAGACAUGAAUUGAACACCUUAUCAGAAGACGACGACUAUUCUACAGAAGUAAAUUCCACGAUAAAUUCUACACUUGAAUCAUCAGAAUAUUCUGUUCCAUAUACUGUUCCGUCCAGAUGA